GGGGGGCAUGCUGUUCGGCUCCACUGCUUCUUGUUGGAAGUUGCUGUACAGCACAGUUGAAUUCUGCAGCCAGCAUGUCCUCAAGCAAUGAGACAACCGGGACUGCAGACUGUAACAAAAACCUUCCAUGUCACGAAGAAAAGCUCGAGAACAGUCCGGCUGCCUCGGUGGAAGAGUUCAUGACACAUCUGAGGAAGGAGAGGGACAAGCACUCCACAGAAGAUGAGUCUCGAAAAGGGAAGAGGAGCAUUGAAGAGGUUCUAGCCAGUGUGUCACUGGCUCCAGCACAGUCACUUUGGACCACUGAUGCCAGUGGUUCUGUCCAGUUGAGGAUUGACGAAAGCUGCCUGGAGGAACCUAUCACGGUCCAUCAGAUGUUCAGAGCCUCUGUUGAGAAGUAUGGUAAACUGUCUGCUCUGGCCACCAAGAAGAAGGACAAGUGGGAAAAGAUAACUUUCUCUGAGUACUACCAUUGCUGUCGGGCAGCUGCCAAAAGCUUUUUAAAGCUUGGUUUGGAGCGCUUUCACAGUGUGGCGAUUCUGGGAUUCAAUUCAGCAGAAUGGUUCUUCUCUGCCGUUGGCGCCAUAUUUGCGGGAGGAAUAAUGACUGGAAUCUAUGCCACCAACUCCCCAGAGGCCUGUCUCCAUGUAGCCCAUGACUCCAGAGCAAACAUAAUUGUGGUGGAAAACCAAAAACAACUGGACAAAAUUUUGCAGAUCAGAGAUAACCUGCCUCAUUUAAAAGCCAUAGUACAGUAUUGUGGACCUUUGGAAACAAAACUGCCAAACCUCUACUCGUGGGAGGAGUUUAUGGCAGUAGGGCUGGAUGUUCCUGACAAGGAAUUGGAUGACAUCAUUGCUUCUGAGAAAGCCAAUCAGUGUUGUGCCCUGAUUUACACAUCUGGCACCACCGGAAAGCCCAAAGGAGUGAUGCUCAGUCAUGAUAAUAUCACAUGGACUGCCCAUCAUGCCAGCCGAGCAGGGGACAUGCAACCAGCUGACACCAAGCAGGAAUCCCUGGUCAGCUACCUCCCCCUCAGCCACAUUGCUGCACAAAUCUAUGACCUGUGGACCGGUAUUCAGUGGGGGGAGCUGGUGUACUUUGCACAGCCGGAUGCUUUAAAGGGAAGUUUAGUAAGCACUUUGAGAGAGGUCAACCCCUCAUCCCACAUGGGUGUUCCUCGGGUAUGGGAGAAGAUGAUGGAGAAGAUUAAAGAAGGAAUCGCUCAGUGUGGAUAUAUGAAAAAGAAGCUGGUGAUGUGGGCGAUGUCUGUUAGCCUGGAGGCCAAUCAGAAGUGUGCCAACAAGGACGAGCAGAAACCCUUUAUGCUCCUCCUAGCAGACAGUCUCGUGUUGCAGAAACUGCGUGCAGAGCUGGGCUUUUCCCGCUGUCUGAAGUUCUUCUCCGGCGCGGCCCCCAUUGCCAGCGAGACUGUGGAGUUCUUCCUGGGGCUCAACAUUUUGCUGUACGAGGCCUAUGGUAUGAGCGAGAGCACGGGACCCCACUUCAUGUCCGGCCCCAAAGCCUAUCGGCUGCAAAGCUGUGGCAGGGUGGUCCCUGGCUGCAAGUUCAAGCUGGCUGACACAGACACUGAGGGCAUUGGGGAGGUGUGCUUCUGGGGCCGAAACGUCUUCAUGGGCUUCCUAAACAUGGAGGACAAGACGAGAGAGGCCCUGGACGAGGAGGGCUGGCUGCGAUCGGGAGAUCUAGGGAAGGCAGACGAAGAUGGUUUCCUCUACAUCACGGGGCGGAUAAAAGAGUUAAUAAUCACGGCAGGGGGAGAGAACAUCCCGCCCGUGCCCAUAGAGGAUGCUGUGAAGAAGGAGCUGCCCAUUAUCAGCAACGCCAUGCUGAUCGGGGAUAAAAGGAAGUUCUUGUCUAUGCUGCUGACCCUAAAGUGUACCUGCAACACAGAGACCCUGGAUCCCACCGAUGACCUAAGCCUGGAGGCUGUGGAGUGCUGCCAGCAGCUUGGUAGCCAGGCGACGAAAGUAUCGGACAUUGUUGGAGGACAGGACAAGGCAGUGCACCAGUACAUCCAAGAGGGCAUCGACAACGUUAACUCAAGGGCCACCUCCAACGCACAACGCAUCCAGAAAUGGGCCAUACUUGGGAAAGACUUCUCCAUCUCUGGAGGAGAACUGGGUCCAACGAUGAAACUGCGCCGACCAGUUGUGCUGGACAUGUAUCGCAGCCAAAUCGAAAGCUUCUACACAGAAUGAAUGCUGUAUUGACUACUCUGUGACCACUACUGUCUUUAUGGCAGCAUGUUGGGCAUUUAGUUUCUAAUGUCACUCUGAAAAUCAGUUUUCAUCCUUGUCACACUGUUGCUCAAAAUCUUUGAAUUCCCACGUGAUGUCACCUUUUUAAUUCU